AUGUCAACCAACCGAUCAUUUAAAGUCUCCAGUCAGUCCCCGAACUCCAAAAUUGCCUCAACUCUGAAGACUAGAAUGACGCCCGAUGCUAUUGAAGGAAACAAAGAACAAAAGAUUGGUACAACUCCUUCCUCGCCAUACUUUGGAGACAAUGCAGAUGGCUCCCCGCAAAGCAACAAAAGAACGGGAAUCAACUUGGGACUUAGUGUGUUCGGCACAGAACUAUCUGAAACGAAAAACUGCAUAGAGCUUUCCUCAUCCAAGCAGGAAACUUUUGAGCAAGGGCCAGUUCUGCCCAACAUAACUAAGAACACGACCUUAAGGAGUCCAUCAGCCACACCAACUAGAUACAUCGAGAUAAAUCAACAAGAUCAUGGAUUGUCGCAUGAUCUUCGUCUUUUAGCCUCUAAAGAAAUGGAGAUCUUAGAGAUUAAUCAGCAAGUGAAAGCGCUUUCCCAUCGAAAAAAGGAGCUGGAAAAUGAGAUUCAGGAAUUGAAGAUUGGUAUUGAAAAAGAACUCACAACAAAGAUCGGAUCUGGUCAAUCACUAGGGGGUAAUCAUGGGCUAUUCGAAAAGCACGUUCCAAAAUCUCCCAAUAGUCUUCAAAGACGACGGCUACAGACCACAGGUGUUUCAGGUGAUCCGCUUCUGAACUCAAAACCUUCAGACAAAGUAGAUGACGAUCUCAGGGACGACUUUGGCAGAUCAUGGUUUGCCAAACCUCUUACACUGUUCCAACAAAUUGAUUCGUUGAUUUACCAAGAAUUCGAGAAAUUGCACCUAGGUCCAUCAUUUAUGAGCUCCUCAUGUCCUGAUUCAGAGCGGAAAAAUGAUGAGCUUGAUAUUUCAGAGAGACUCUCGUGUUCGUCAUCCCUUGUUAAAGGAAAUCAAGAAAAUGAUACCUCCUCACUGAGGGACGCUGAACAAUUUCAGACUGACCAAGAGUUUCAUAGCUCAAAUGAUAUAGUACACUCAGUAUCCAGCAAGUUGUGGAAUUUUGUAAAUGAGGUGAAACAAAAUCUUGCCGUGGAUGAGGAAUCCAAACCCUUGACCCCCAUAUCUUCACCGAAAAAGCUACGAACACCAUCGUUUUCAAAACGUCAGUCUUACGGAUUACAUGCUAAACAUAGACGACGAAGCUCCAAUCUCCAUGACAAAAGCCCGGGAACAAAAGUAAUUGACCCUGACUGCUCGGAUGGAGAUUUACCCGAAAACAUAGAUACUGACGGAGUGGACUCAAAGAAAUGA